AUGGUGAGUGGUGGAUUGGAAGGUGAAGCUUCAGUUGCAGAAGCGAUUUUCUCUUCAGGUUUCAAAGGUUUUCCACUGGAAAAAUGGGAUGAAAUUCAUAAAGCUGGUAUUGAUGACUUGCGGUUUUGUAAGCUUGUUGAAUGGUUAUGCAAUGAGAUAUCAGUAUUGUAUGGCUUAGAUGAGACCGUUCAUGCACCCACUGGACCUGAUGAUAUGGAAUUUUUCUUAUUGGAGCUUAGUUCAUUAUUAUCUGAAUUAGAAUGCCCAGUAGUUUCGCUCACUUCUGGACCUGUUAUGAAGAGAUUUAAGCCAGUUGAAAAUGUGUCGAAGUUGCUUAAUUUUCUUAUUGGACACAUGAAAUGCGCGAGAUUGACUGCAUUAAAUCGACUGCAGGAAAAAUCACAAGUGCACAAGACGGAUGAAGUACGUCUUCUAGAAAAUGCAAUGGCUACGGUUGGUAUGAAUGAACUGCCUGCUAAUCUCACUGCUGAAAACGCUAUUCUAUCAUUGAAGGAUUUUGCUGAAAAACAGUUGGCAAAAUGUAAAGAAAAACCGCAGCCAUUAUUCACUGCUUCAUUAACUAAUGCUCAGUGGAAGAAGAUUGAAAAUUUGAACGAAAAGCUGAUUCAUGAAUAUCGAGCUCGUAUUAUGCUACUGCUCAAGCGUUUAGAUGUGACAAUUCAGUCGUUUACGUGGUCCGAUCGAGUCCGGAAAAUGCAAGACCAAGUUCAUGAACUCUAUCGUCCUCGGCGCGAUGCUAUUGUAGCUGCAUCUGAUGUAGAAAUGCAUGAUUUACUGUCAGCAAACAGAUCUCUUUUAAUAGUUGAUAAAGUAAAUAGUGAAAAAGAAAGAAAGCGGACCGCUACACGCCUAAAUAAAGUGUUGAUGGCUGAUCGUCCAGGUGAUCGAGGAGGGAGACCUUCGGAAUUGCGACCUCCUCCACCAGAAAUGCCUCCUUGGAUGAAAGAUCGUGCUCCAAGUCACGGGGGAAGUGUUGGAGGAUAUCAAGGAGGCGGUGGAUAUCAAGGGAAUGCUUAUCAGAGAGGUGGUGGAGGAUAUCAAGGAAGUGGUGGGGGAUAUCAAGGAAGUGGUUGGGGAUAUCAAGGAAGUGGUAGAAAUCAAGGGAGAGGAUAUCAAGGAAAUGGUCAAUUUGGAAGUCUUGAAAAUCAGGUUAUGAGAGAGUAUGAGGAACGUCAUGGUUCUAGCAAUGAUGGUCGUCGUAGUAGAGGUGGAAGAGGACGUGGAGGAUUCAGUGGGCAAUAUUACAGAUAA